GGACCUGUGUUGACUUUCCGCGGGGGCGGGGAGAAGUGAGAUGCUCGCUCGCCACAUAACGAAGCGCACAUACAGAAGCGAGUAAGUUUGAGCUGCUACGGCCCCCGUAGUUUUCGCGUCGCGUCUUCCUUCUUCUGUGGAAUUCCAUGUCCGCCCCUGUCGGGCUUUUAUGGACGCUCUCCCGGCCGUGCUGGGCGCCGCUGCCCUGCUGUUGCUGCUCCUCGCUGCGCGGCUUCUCCUAGCGAGGCGGAACAGCAGCCCGCGGACAGCUCCCCUCAGCCUCCUGGUGGUGGCCGGCUCCGGAGGACACACAACAGAAAUCCUGAGGUUACUCAGCAGUUUGUCCCAGUCAUACUGUCCUCGACAUUACAUUUUUGCAGAUUCAGAUAAAAUGAGUGAAGAUAAAAUACGUACUUUUGAACAAAAAAGAGCUGAAACUUUCUCCAAUUCCCAGUUUACCCUUAAUCGUAUUCCCAGAUGUCGGGAGGUGUGCCAGUCUUGGAGCUCUUCAGUACUGACAACACUGUACUCCAUACUUUACUCCUUUCCUUUGACUUUCAGACUAAAGCCAGAUUUGAUAUUGUGCAACGGACCAGGAACAUGUGUUCCUGUCUGUAUAUCUGCCCUUCUUCUUGAGAUACUGGCGCUAAAGAAAGUUAUCAUUGUGUAUGUAGAGAGCAUCUGCCGAGUGGAAACUUUAUCCCUGUCUGGAAAAAUUCUUUACUACUUUUCGGAUUACUUCAUUGUUCAGUGGCCUGCUCUGAAGGAAAAAUAUCCCAAGUCUGUAUAUCUUGGUCGAAUAGUGUGACAACAAAAGGCAAACUUUAUUUAUAAUGAAUUCACAUUUCUUCAGGUAGCUCCUCUUUAUAGUUAAAGGAAUAUAUUUAUUUUUUCCACAGGUUCUUGAUUUGAGAUUUACUGGUUGUUGCAAACCAAAUGUAUAAGUCAAACAGCCAAGACUUGAAAGCAGACUGCAAUAAAGAGUUACAUUAAG